UAUCAGUUACCCUGAUAAUAACACGUAGCGUUAUUGUGCCGACAUGUUUUACAAACCCUGUAAAUAUAAAUACAAAUAACAAUUAGAAAUGUGCCACCUAAUACCCAUGUAUUGUUCGCCGGCUUUUAUUUACCGAGAUUUAAUAUUUGGCUAUGGAAAGUCGCAAAGCACUUGCCGGGUGAAGAAAAUAAACUGUGGGUGUUUUAACUAACAAAUCGUCAUUCAAUUUUUAUUCGGAAACAAACAAGAAUGGAUUUCCAAGACGCGGAAAAAACCAACUGUUCCUCCAUUGAUGUUAUUAAGUCUGUAUCAAAGAAAUGGAAAUUUUAUUUCGAAAUCCGAAGAAGAGAAGAUGGGUUCGAUCCCUCCCCAUCUUACAUACCACGUCGACUGUUUCCAAACCUUCUUCCUCGGCCAAUGCUAAUGCAAGCACCUCAAGAUGUCUCAUUGAAACACCACUUCACGCACGCCCAAGUGAGAUGCGCGCUAGCAAAUAUACAAUCUUAUCAACCGCAUGUUGCUUCGCCACGUACGAGCGCUAGAGGAGAGAAGAUUAAUCGAAAUAUAAAAAGGAUGUUGAAGCAGAUGCAUGUUGAACAUCCAAUGUGGCAUGCAAACCAACAUGACGAUAAGAGAAUUACACGACAACAUUCAUUAAGAAAAGUUGGAGUUCGUGGAAAAGGCUCGGAGAAGGCUUUGAAGAAAUCAAUGCCAGUUUUAUUACGUGCUUCCCCGCCGUACUUAAACGACACUGAAAAGCAGAGGCUACUUGAUUCUACAUGUGAGAUAAUUCUCGGUACUGAACGAAUCGGUAAACCAACUGAGUCAUACAUGGAGAUAGGAAAUACGAAGCUACAAAGCCACAACAACCCAACACCACUGCAGUACAACUUUACAGUCCCGAUACACAGACGAUACGUUGAAGCACCGCCUCGGAUUAUAAAAGAUUCCACGCUGAUCCACAAAGGAAGGUCUGUGUAUGUUUACGACCAACACGGAAGAAGAAAUAAAGUUGUUGUAAAAAAAGAUCCAAUAAGCAAUACUGCCUAACUAGCUGUUUAUCUUCUUAAUACAAAGGCAUUUCGGAUUCGUGUAGCUCUGUAUUGCAAACAUGCGUAUCAAACUGGUUUCAAAUUUUAUAUAGCAGUAUUCCAAAAUAAGCUUUUUAUAAAAUAAAUUAACUGUUUUACAGUUUUGUUGGUUUUGGUUUAUUAAAUGAAAAGCACACAAAACUGUACAGCAAACACAAACUCGUGCAAAACGGAACUAUUGCAAAAUCAAACGGGCUUCAGAUAUUUAACAUGCUAUUUGCAUCGUAAUAAAAUCUUGUGCUAUAC